AUGGCCGCCGAAUGUGGCCACAUGGACGUGGUGCGUGUUUUAUGUGCUUCUAGGGCGAACGUCAACCUAAGCACCGACACUGGGAUGGUUCCGUUGCAUGCUGCUGCCAAGAACGGGAGCUUGGAAAUGUUACAUCUCCUUUUCAGAUUUCGAGCAGAGGCAGAUUUAGCAACGAGAAAGCCCGUUGCCGCUGAUUCGAUAUCUGCAGCCGACACCAAGGGCGGCCCAAACUUGGAAGCAGGCAUCACACCAUUAUUCAUGGCUGCACAAAACGGGCACACGCAGCUUGUGCGGAUUCUUUGUGAUGCAAGAGCUGAUGCAAGUCAAACCUUGCCUGAGAGUGGGAGGACGCCCGUGUAUAUGGCUGCAAGAAGUGGGCAAACGGAUGUGUUAAAGCUCUUCGUUGAAAAGGGCGUGAAUAUCAACACAAGGCUGUACACGGAAGGUAAGCUCACGCCCUUGCUCGCAGCGUCAUCGCUUGGGCACUCUGCCUGCGUACAGAUACUCUGUGAUGCCAAAGCAGAUGUGGACGUUUCAUCCGGAGAUCUGGACGCAACGGCAGUCUACCUCGCCUCGGCAAAGGGCCACGUCGAUGUAGUGAAGAUACUCUGCAAGGUGGGGGCUGACCUGAGCAGAUCACCAGCAAGUGGCGCCACCGCGGUGUACAUGGCAGCUUUCAACGGCCACACAGAGGUGGUCCGGAGCUUGUGCGCAGCAAGGGCAGAGCCGGAUAGGGCUUGCAGCAACAGGACACCACUUUUUGUUGCGGCCAAAAAUGGGCACCUCGAGAUUGCGAAGAUUUUGUGCCUCGCGCGCUGUGAUGUGCACCGGUCGUCUUUCAGUGGCGCCACGCCGCUCCACGUUGCCGCCAUGGCGGGACACGUGGAGCUCAUCGACCGGCUGCUCAAGAGCCGGGCAGACCUCAGCCGCCCAAGUGGCCACGUCGGCGUAGGCCCCGCGACCACGCCGCUGCACUUGGCAUCGCUCGGCAACAAGCCGGAGGCCGUGCGCUUCUUGUGCCAGGCCCGUGCGGACAAGCACGCAAGUGCUGCCAGGCCAGGGAGCACACCGUUGAUGAUGGCCGUGCUUUGUGGUCACUCCGACAUCGUGGACGUCCUCUGCGAGGAGGAUCCGAAGAGGCAAGCGAAGAUGUUAAAGCAGACGGCACUUCUACUGCAUGUCGCCGCACGUAAUGGCCACGAAGGAAUCGUCUGGCGUCUUUGUAAGUGUGGUGCUAAUGUCAACGAAAUGGUGACGCAGGAGGCCCUUGAUCAACUGCACGAGUCGGCAUUGCCUGCGAGUGGAGACGGCCUAGAUGCCUGCAUGGGCCGCAUCAUCACAGAGGACUCCAGGGAAGAGGGGACAGAGGUCAGUGAUGGAAUUGACGAGGCGAAGCAUGGAGAGUGGGAUGCAGAAACAAAAGCGGGAGGUGGGGGGGUGGAUCCAGAUGAAGACGUCCCGGUUGAGGUAGAAGUUGAACGGUAUCGUCCCGAAGUCUCUCUUCACGUUGGCGCCACACCUAUGUUCAUGGCAGCGCUGUUUGGUCGUUUUGAGGCUGUCAAGACUCUCUACGAAGCUGGAGCCCAGAUCGACAAAACUGGCGCCAAAGAUGGGGCGACACCUUUUAUGGUAGCAGCGCAGCAGGGGCAUCUAGAAGUUGUAAGGUAUUUGCUGGAUCUUCGUGCGGACAUUAACCGGCGCUUGACGGACAUGGGUGCCACCGCAAUGUAUCUGGCUGCGGAGAGCGGGCAAACCGAAAUCGUUCGUUUCUUGUGCAAGCAACGUGCAGAUCUCAAUCAGCCCACAAGUGAUGUGGAGCAGCCUCCCUUGCUGGCCGCAGUGCUCCACAACCACGGGGAGAUCGUUGAACUACUCUGUGAAGCGAGGGCCGAUCUGGACCAAGUCAGGGGAGAUAUUUCGCAGGACACAACCCUCACGCUGGCUUCAGAGUAUGGUUUCCUUGGGACGUGCCGUUGCCUCCUGGAGGCAAAGGCCAGCGCUAACAAGCCUGCAGGCUCAGGUUCAGCGCCCCUUCUCUUGGCGGCAGAGCACGGCCAUGAGGGUCUUGUCAAAGUGUUAUGUGCCGCGAAGGCUGACCCAAAUCAAACCUUGACAACGUGUGAAGGAAUUGCUCCACUGCCGGUUGCAGCCAGGAGGGGGUUCCUGCAGAUCGUUGAGCACUUGUUGCAAGCUCGCGCUGACCCCAACAUGAAGUGCUUCCCUACGCAUCUUUCAGAAAUUAUGUUGGCGACUGAAAAUGCCAACGCCUGCUUGGGACAUACGCUUUCAACAAUGCCCGAUAUGCCCUUGGACUCUGAUGUUGCCCCUGUCUUGUUCGUCGCUCUGUUGAAUCACCGCAUUGAGGUGGUCAGCAUGCUGUGCCGGUACAAGGCCGAUCCAAAUAGAUGCGCUAACGACCAUGCCACUCCUCUGCUCUGCGCAACGAAGGCCGGCGUGAUCCAUUUAGUGCGAAUUCUCUGCGAGGCUCACGCAGACAUCAACUUUGCACAGGCGCCUCAUAUUACGCCUCUUCACUCGGCGGCUUGCGAAGGACAAAGCGACAUUGUAGAGUACCUGUGCCAGAAGCGUGCAGACGUCAACAAGGAAGCUCAUGAUGGAACGUUUCCGCUGUACUCAGCUGUGGCAACAGACGAACUCGACAACUCGAACACAGUUCGGUUGCUGCUUCAGGCCAGGGCGGAGAGCAACAAGUGCGUCAGCGACGUCAGCGCCAAGUGCAACGCGAAAGACGAGGCCAAAGCGGCCAAGACGCCUUUGAUUGUCGCGGCCGAGCAUCACCAAGUGGAGGCUGCACGCCUCCUGCUUGAAGCUCGUGCCAGCGUCCAGGCUGCAGCUGCAAAGGGAACAACUGCACUCCUCAUGGCAGCCGAGGUUGCCAUCAGGAGGAAUCUGGACAUGGUCGAGCUGUUGCUUGAGCACAGGUCGGCAGUGGAUCAAGCGAAUCUCGACUAUGGCGCCACGGCGCUACACAUUGCUGCUUCUUGCGGGCACGUUCCUUUGGCGCAGCAGCUGCUACUGCACAAAGCACAUGUGGACAGUGUGACGACGAAGGGUCAUACACCGCUUCACUUUGCUUGCUGGUGGAAUCAUCCCGAAACUGCUCGCCUGCUUUUGGACGCGAGAGCCGACAAGCACGCCCGUGUUUGCAAUAGGCCGGGCAUCAACGCCUUCCUCAUGACAGUGUUGCAAGACAAUCCCGAUGUCAUGAAGGUCCUAUGUGGGGAUCAGGUUCACGUGCAAGACCCUGAGCUCUGCAGCGUGCUUAUGCAUGUUGCAGCCAGAAAUGGUCAGGCUCAAAUUGCCGGUUAUCUUUGCCAGCUGCGCUGUGACUUGAACAGAGUGGUUCGCAAAGAGGAUAUCCUCUACCUCACUCUGGCAGCCCAGAGCGCCCAAUGCCUGCAUCCAUGCAACUCUGCUGCAAUCCACGCCGAUUCUGAAGACGAGAGCUAUCGAAGUGAGGAAGAAGAUGACUUUGAGGAAGACGUGCUGCAUGCAGGCGAUGAAGUCGAUGCUGGCUAUGCUGCCAUGAAUGUGCGGGAGGUUGACCUGCAGGUUGGUGUCACUGCAUUGCACCUGGCAGCCUUCUACGGUCAUGACGACUUGGUCUACAGUCUCCUGAGCAGCCGGGCCGACCCCGAUUUCGCGGGCAACAGCAGCAAUCUCACACCGCUAAUGGCCGCUGCUGGCGAAGGCUUCCCGGACGUGGUGAGGGUGCUUGGUGAAAGCCGGGCCGAUCUCGACCGUACCGACCGCCACGGAAGAACUGCACUUUUCAUCGCAGCAGAGGAAGCGCGCACAGAUGUCGUAGCAGAGCUGUGUCGGGCAAGGGCCGAUGUCAAUAAGAGCCCGGGGCAAGUGACUCCCCUGCAUAUGGCUGUGAGCGGCAACUGCACGGAGAUGGUGUGUGUCCUGUGUACUGCUGGCGCUCACAUUGAGGAGGUCAGGGCCAGCCUGCAGCAGAUCAUCUUAGAGCGUGCACAUGAAGCGCCGGGCGACCUCGGGGACUCUGAUGCUGAGAUGACUGACCUCGGGGAGUGA